AUUUUAUUUGGUGUGCAACUAAACUAAAAUUCACUUCUUUUUGCAUCGUCUGAAGUGAACAGACAUCAUGAGUUUCAAUUAAUCAAAAGUUACCUCGAAAUUUAAUACGAAUCGUGGCCAUCCAAAAACGCAAUCAACUCAGCAGAUUUCCCGGCAGUAUCAUUAACAACAACAACGCGCAACUCUCUAUAUUGCAAAAUUUCUCGCCUCACCAAAAAAAAAAAAAAAAAAAAACGAACCAACCAACGGCUAGGCUGGCAAAAAGUUGUCGAGGGGUCGGCUUGGUGCGCAGUAGAUAAAAGAAGAGUGUGUGUGCCCAGUGGCAAAACAAGCGAGAGAGUAAGGUGGGGGCGAGUGAAAUUGCGUGUUAAAAAGAAACCAAACAACAACAAACUGUGCUCAACGCAGGCAAACAUUAUAUCAAAACGAACAAAAAAAACAAUUGAAAUUGCGGAGAGGAGACAGAGAGUGGGAGAAAGAGAGGUGUCAGCUACGGAUAACGGAGGAGAAGAAAACGAAACGAAAGCAAAACGACAUUUUCAUGGGUCUAACAGAUCAACAGGAUUGGAUUGGUUGUGCGGUGUCCAUCACAUGCGACGAGUUCCUCGGUGUUUUCCAGGGUCUGAUCAAGCAGAUCUCCGCCGAAGAAAUAACCAUAGUGCGUGCUUUCCGCAAUGGCGUCCCAUUGCGCAAGCAGAACGCCGAAGUGGUCCUCAAAUGUUCGGACAUUCAAGCCAUCAAUUUGAUUGAGCCCGUUAAACAGGAUGUGGAGUCUCAUGCGACGCCAGCGGUGAUUAAUAAGCCAACGCCAGUUAAAUUGCCACAGUUUUCCAAUAUUCUUGGUAAACAGCAACAAUUGCAAUUGCAACAACAACAACAACAACAGCAGCAGCAACAGCAGCAGCAACAGCAACAGCUGCAUCAACAGGAUGAGCCGCACGCCCAGUUCCAGACAUCGAAAACUGGCAAAGUGAAUGGCCAUGGCAGGACAACGGGCGGAGGAGGAAGUGGCAGCAGCGGCGGAGGAGUAUCAGGAGGAAAGUCUACAUUGAGCGAUCAAAUGCAGCAACUAAAACUCAAUGGCUCAAUCCUAAAUGGCGCCAAUGGCGUAAAAAGGACGCCGCAAACGUCGCGAGCCUCCAGUGCUCUGCAGCAACAACAACAGCAACAUCAUCAACAACAACAACAACAACAACAAAUAGCUACAACUCCAAACAGUGUAGCUGCAUUUUUUGGCAAUAUGAUACCAUCCAAGGUGGAGGUGAAGCUGGGCACUAGUGCCUAUAGCUAUCGGAGUAGCAGUGCCGAUGGCAGUAGCGGUAGCGGUGAGGCUGGAGGAAGCGUUGGUGUCGCCAUCAGUAAGCCCAUCGAUAUUAUAGGUAAUGGUGGUGGAGGAGGUGGAGUGGGAGGGGGUGCAGGAGGACCUGGAACUUACUAUCAACAAACACAGGCAGCUUCUAGCUAUGGUAAUGGCAGGCGUAACAAUGGAAAUGGCUCGUAUACCAAUGGGAACGGAAAUGGGAAUGGUAAUGGAAAUGGCAUUGGAAAUGGCAAUGGUAAUGGAAAUAAUAAUGGCAAUGGUGGUAAUGGUAAAAAUAAAAGAAAUCGGAUACGUCGGGAAAGUAGUAUCAGGCAACAGCAAGUGCAUCAGACAUUCGGCAGUGAGGCAGAUGAUCCCUUGCUUCAGGAGGAUUUCGAUUUUGAGGGUAAUCUGGCUCUAUUCGAUAAGCAGGCCAUUUGGGAUGACAUUGAGUCUACCCACCAAAAGCCCGAUGUGGUGCGCCAUUUGGAGCAAAAGAAUCAACACCACCAGCAUCAUCAUCAUCAUCAUCAUCAUCAUCACCAUCAGCCGGAGCAGAAGUAUCGGCACGAUGAAAACAUUUUGGCCAGUAAGCCGCUUCAACUACGCCAGAUCGAGAGCAUGUUCGAAGGCAGUAAUGAUUUUGUGACCGACGAUGGUCUGAUCAUCCCAACGAUUCCGGCCUAUGUGCGCAACAAGAUCGAGCUAAGCGCCGAGAGAGCGGGCCUAUCUCUGCAGCGGCAAAUCGAUAUAUUGGCGCGUGGAGCCAGCGAUCUAGCCAUUACCCUGCUAGGCGGCGCUAGACGUUUGACACCGGCCAACAAUCAUCAGUGGCCCAAGAUAGUCAUCAUUUGCGAUGACGUUAAAAAUAUGAGAACAAUCAACAUUGGAGCUGCCACGGGUCGCCAGUUGGCUUCCCAUGGUCUUACCGUAAUGCUUUAUGUGGAGCAGGCCGAAUUAAUUGAGAAGAAUAACAACAGCAUUGAGAUUUCCCUAUUUAAGGCCACAGAUAAUAUCAUAGUUCACUCAGUGGAUGCCUUACCCACACCAGAUCUUGUGAUAUUAUCAACAAACGUCGCCAAUCUAUCCGAUGCAAUUAACAAAUGGCUUAGCGUUAAUCGUGCUUCGGUGCUGGCCGUGGAUCCGCCACCGUGCGGUAUUAAUGAGGUUGCUAUUAAGUACUCAAUACUACCCAUUUUACCCUUGAAUGGCAUAUCAACAGUAACAAAGACAACAUCAGGAGCAGCAGCUGCACUAUCAUCAUCGACCGCAGCCACUCCCACACCAGGGACAUCAUCAUCAUCAAGCACGGCAGCUGCGGCAGCAAUGCAACAACAACAACAACAACAGCAGCAACAACAAACAUCAACGAACAAUUGUGGCAAAUUGUAUUUAUGUAAUUUAGGUAUACCGGAUAAAUUCUAUCGUGAUUGUGGCAUUAAGUACAAAAGUCCAUAUGGACAUAAAUAUGUGAUACCGAUUCACUCAAAGGACUGAAACAACGACAAAAACAAACAGCAACAACAACAACAACAACAGUAACAGUAACAGCAAUAUACAAUUGCACCAGUAACAGUAACACCAACAACAGCAACAUCAGUAAUAUAGCAACAGCUGCAACAACAAACACCCAAAACCCACACCCACCCCCUACAUCAAUAAACCAAUAAUAAAACUAAUAAUACGAUUACUAAUAACACCAUUACAUACAACUUAACCAAACCGACCACAACCCAUCCCCACCUCCCCCCCGCGCACAUUUGUGAUGAUCAUCAAGUCCAGUUUCCUGUGAAUCUAGCUCUUAGCACUCGAUUUAUAAUUUGAUCUAGAUGCAUAAAUUUUAGUUUCGUAAAUUAUAGUUGAUUAUGCCUCAAAUCUACAUUUACAAAAUUAUUAUUAUUAUUAUGUACUACAUAUUACUAUUAUAAUUAUACAUACAUAUAUAACGACAACUUUAACUAUUACCAUUUA